AUGGCAUUUGACCUUGCAAACAACUAUCGUGGUGCACAUCUGGUAGUGCAACCGUCGGACCUCGCAUUUAACCCGCCUGAGAGCUAUCUGUAUAUCCAAGAUGGCCUCAUCGUCUCUUGUGGCGUUCUUUAUGCGCUUUGCUAUCUGUUCUACAUGAUCCGUACAUACCGCGACAAGACAUGCGCCGGCUUUGUUGAGUUCACGUAA